AUGAGUGAAGAACAGGACCCUCUAUUAGCAGGAUUGGGAGAAACACCCAUAGACAGCGGUGCCCAACAACAACAGGAACAGCAACCAGAGCAGCCACAAGAGGCAGAGGGACAACGUGAGGAGGAACCUCCAAGACUGGACCCUGAACAGGAGGCCCAUAACAAAGCCUUGAACCAGUUUAAGAGAAAACUGCUAGAGCACAGAAGAUACGACGAUCAAUUGAAGCAGCGCCGUCAGAACAUACGAGAUCUAGAAAAGUUAUUUGACAAGACCGAAAAUGACAUCAAGGCUCUACAAAGUAUUGGCCAAUUGAUCGGUGAAGUCAUGAAGGAGCUUUCCGAAGAGAAAUACAUAGUCAAGGCCUCCUCGGGUCCUCGUUAUAUCGUUGGGGUGAGGAAUUCGGUGGACCGCUCCAAAUUGAAGAAAGGUGUGAGGGUCACCUUAGAUAUCACCACUUUAACCAUAAUGAGAAUCCUGCCAAGAGAAACAGAUCCUUUGGUGUACAACAUGACCAGCUUUGAGCAAGGUGAAAUCACUUUCGAUGGUAUCGGUGGUUUGACCGACCAAAUCAGAGAAUUAAGAGAAGUUAUAGAACUGCCAUUAAAGAACCCGGAAAUUUUCCAGAGAAUCGGUAUCAAACCCCCCAAAGGUGUUCUGCUAUACGGACCUCCUGGUACUGGUAAGACUUUACUGGCCAAGGCAGUUGCUGCCACCAUUGGCGCUAACUUCAUCUUUUCCCCAGCAUCUGGUAUUGUAGAUAAAUAUAUUGGUGAGUCUGCUCGUAUUAUUAGAGAAAUGUUUGCAUAUGCGAAGGAACAUGAACCUUGUAUCAUCUUCAUGGAUGAGGUAGAUGCCAUUGGUGGUCGUAGAUUCAGCGAAGGUACCUCCGCCGAUCGUGAAAUCCAACGUACACUAAUGGAGCUAUUGACUCAGAUGGACGGGUUUGAUAACCUGGGCCAAACUAAGAUCAUCAUGGCUACGAACAGACCGGAUACUUUGGAUCCUGCUCUUUUGAGACCCGGUAGAUUAGAUAGAAAACUGGAAAUCCCAUUACCAAACGAAGCUGGUAGAUUAGAGAUUUUUAAAAUUCAUACUGCAAAAGUUAAGAAGACAGGAGAGUUUGAUUUCGAGGCUGCUGUGAAGAUGAGUGAUGGUUUUAAUGGUGCUGAUAUUCGUAACUGUGCCACUGAAGCCGGGUUCUUUGCCAUAAGAGAUGACCGUGAUCACAUCAACCCUGAAGAUUUAAUGAAAGCUGUAAGAAAAGUGGCCGAAGUUAAGAAGUUGGAAGGUACUAUAGAAUAUCAAAAAUUAUGA